UAAAUUUAGAGGCUGUUCCCUUCCCUUAAACCCUUUUCCCAAACAGACCCACACUUCUUCAAUCCUUGACACUUUGGUCUACACCGCCACCAACAAAUGGAACAAGACCUCCUCCCCAAUUCAAUCUCCGGCCACCAAAACGACGCCGUAGAGGACGAUGACGACGCACCGACUCUAAGCCUUCAAGCCUUAGAAGCUCUCAAGGAGUUCCUCACCGAGCAAAGCCAGUCCUCAAACGACACCGCCGCCGAAGCAGACUCGGCGCCGGCUUUGAUCUCGGAGGACUGGCGGAUGAGCCAGUUCUGGUACGACCACCACACGGCCCAAACCCUAGCCGAAGAGGUCCUCACUCUCUGCAAAUCGGACUCCACUCGAGUCGCCUGCGUCGCUUGUCCCUCACUCUACGCCUAUCUCAAGAGUAUUGAUUCUCAUGUGUCUGUACAACUGCUGGAGUAUGAUAGAAGGUUUGAGCAAUACGGGAGUGAUUUCACAUUUUAUGAUUACAACCAACCAGAAGACUUGCCUUUGGACCUGAAGCAUGGUUUUGAUAUUGUAGUUGCUGAUCCUCCUUAUCUGAGUCAAGAGUGCUUGGAGAAAGUCGCUAAAACUGUUUCGUUUCUUGCACGAUCAGAAAAACCUUACUUGCUCCUCGUCACAGGAGAGGUGCAGAAAGAGAGAGCAGCUGAGCUCAUGGGAUUGCUUCCAUGUGGUUUUAGGCCUCGGCACUCCAGCAAACUAGGAAAUGAGUUUCGGCUGUUCACAAGUUAUGAUCCUGGGACUAGAUUAGGAGGGUGGGACAAUUAGGAACUCUAUUCUCAUGUGCCUGACACUGUUGGCUGUUGAUGGGUGAACUUUUUGUCUGCAGAUUCAACAGCUACGCAAUUGAAAUUUGUUGCCUGCCAAGUGUAUCGUGGGUGCUAGGAAGAUUUUGUAUUGUGUGGUGAAAGCAGAGCAGUAUGUAUCAUUCUUCUAGUCUGCGUUAUUAUUCCUCGUAGUACUUCCAUUUCUUCAAUGCCCCAACCUGACUUUUUGAAGCCAAAGUUUAAUGUGCCAUGUUGACUUGCAUCGUGCAAAGUUUCAGAGUAUAGAGUUGCGCUCUUGUUAUUCCCCACUCCUCCUCCUUGUGGCCACUUCUCUGUUUGUAUUAUUUAUAACCAAAAAAAAAAAAAAAAAAAACUGAGAAGCGGGUAUUAUAUAACUCAGAUUGCUACUGGUCAUGUUGAGUUUUUCUUGAUGUCGUGUAACUCGAUUUUUUUCUUUUCAAUGGCAUUUACAGCUUGAACUCUACCAAUUUGGUCUUUAUGUUUA